AUGAUUGUGGACUUCAGGAAGAGCACAGUCCCCCCGCCCCCACCCUCCGUCAUGGACUCCCCCAUCACCUCUGUGGAGUCCUUCCGUUUCCUGGGCACCACCAUCACCCAGGACCUCAAGUGGGAGCCGACCAUCAGCUCCCUCAUCAAGAAGGCCCAGCAGAGGAUGUACUUCCUGCGGCAGCUCAGGAAAGCCAAGCUGCCUGCACAGAUGUUGGUGCAGUUCUACACGGCCAUCAUCGAGUCCAUCCUCACCUCCUCCAUCACCUCCUCCAUCAACUCCUCCAUCACCUGCUCCAUCACCUCCUCCAUCACCAUCACGGUGUGUUUCUGGCGGCGCAAGACGAGGCUGGAGGAGAAACGGUCCCGGUCAGCAGAGAAUGUCACAAAGAGUUGUGCUAAAGUCUUGAAAGGUUGUGAGAAACCCUGA